AUGGUCAGGCCCCCAGAUCAGAACACAAAAUUUUUUUUGUGUGGCUGUGUAAUCAGUCGUUUUGGAGAUGUCAAUUGGCCUGCACGGAGUUGUGAUUUAACGCCAUUAGAUUAUUUUCUGUGGGGUUUCGACCGAUGUUAUGCGGACAAUCCAGAGACAAUUUCAGCUUUAAAUCAUAACAUUGAAACGGUUAUUGGCAAGAUAGGCGGCGAAAUUAUCGAAAAAGUGCUUCAAAAUUGGACACGCAGGAUAGCUUACUGCAGAGGAAGUCACAUGAACGAAAUUGAUAAAUUACUACCAAACUCAUCUUGGAAGGAUUACUCAUCAAAUACCAAUUAUGCAUUUGAUGCGCUGGAAGAAAACGAAGAAAAACAUAACGGAAAACAAGCUCACAAAACAAAUGUACCAAAUCAAACAUAUAUUGCCAACACUAGAUCUCUUCAAAGACCGAAAGGAAAUUAUUCAUAUGAUUUAGAAAAAAACACUUUUUCCUUGCCAAGAACAUAUGAUAAAAACAAGUUACAUGAUAUUCAGCCUGAUUUUUAUUUUAUGCCUUCGCAAAGAAAAUAUUCUGGCGAAGUGGUAAGAGUGGACAAGGCGCGAUGGCGAGCAAUGGCGAUUCGAACGAGUCAUUUAGCAGAGCUAAGUCGUUCGUUUAGCGCUCACUUAACUGGGCCGUACGUUUUGAACGACCCAUCGCUAAGUACAACUUUCACUGGCGAUUGGUGA